ACUCUCCCUCCCACAAUCUGGCAAUGUGACCAUUGGCUAAUCGCAAGAAUCGUUUCAUUCGUGGACUGUGCGAAGCAAAGCAAGAUUGAAGACUUCGGCGUCUUUUUAAGAGUGAAACCCAUUUACCGUCUCCUUUGUUGCCGGGAGUUCGAUGCCCAGUGGCGGGCCGAAGACUAUGCCUGUGGAACCCAGAAUCGAGGCGCCGGUGAAGCCGGGACCACGCCGAGGCUCCGUGACCAGUUAAUCGUGAGAGUGGCUGUCCGCGAGAGCCAGGAGUAAGAGGAGACUAGGGCAGUAAGUGACUGCGGUGCGAGGAUUGGGCGAAAGUUGCCGGUGGUCAAGAAUGGCUGUAAAUAUGGCCAUCGGACUGAUCAAGUCAGCCGUGGUGAAAUUUUCAGAGGUGGUUGGAGAGAGAAGCAAACAGAUAAGCGGAGCUAUGCAUGAACCGCUGCGGCAGCGCAAAUUGCUGCUCAUCAUCGUGUGCAUAGCAAUGCUACUGGACAACAUGCUCUAUAUGGUGAUUGUACCCAUUGUACCAAACUAUCUUGAAACUAUGAGAACUUACAAAGUGGUGUACGUCACAAUACCCGCCAAUGGGACCAAUGGGUCUUUGUUCAACUCGACGCGGAAAGCUGUCACCGAGAGGAGCCCGAACGCAAACGAAGACGUACAAAUUGGGGUGCUGUUCGCCUCCAAAGCCAUCCUCCAGCUGAUCUCUAACCCAUUGACUGGCCCCUUCACCGACCGCGUCGGUUACGACAUUCCGCUGCUGAUCGGGCUCACUAUUUUGUUCUUCUCCACCCUCACGUUUGCCUUCGGCGAGAGCUAUGCCAUGUUAUUCAUUGCCAGGAGUCUGCAGGGGUUGGGGUCCGCCUUCGCGGACACCUCGGGAAUCGCCAUGAUCGCGGACAAGUACCCCGAGGAGUCGGAGAGGAGUCGAGCCCUGGGCAUCGCCUUGGCUUUCAUCUCCUUCGGUAGCUUAGUGGCGCCCCCCUUUGGUGGUAUAUUAUAUGAGUUCGUGGGCAAGCGUGUUCCCUUCUUAGUGCUAUCUUUUGUCUCUCUGCUGGACGGCAUUUUGUUGCUAAUGGUCAUUACGCCCUUCAGUAACAGAACACGUCAGAAUAUGCCGCAGGGCACCCCUAUCUAUAAACUGAUGAUCGACCCUUACAUUGCUGUUGUGGCCGGGGCGCUCACCACCUGUAACAUCCCUCUAGCUUUCUUAGAGCCGACAAUAUCAAAGUGGAUGAAAAAGACAAUGAACGCUGGUGAAUUGCAAAUGGGACUCACGUGGUUGCCGGCAUUCUUCCCGCACGUCCUAGGCGUGUACAUCACUGUAAAGUUAGCCGCUAAAUACCCCAAUUACCAAUGGUUCUACGGAGCGUUAGGUUUGGUUAUUAUAGGUGCUAGCUCGUGCACUGUCCCAGCCUGCAGAAAUUUUGAAGAACUCAUCAUCCCCUUGUGUGCCCUCUGCUUUGGGAUUGCCCUGGUGGACACUGCCCUCUUGCCCACCCUCGCCUUCCUUGUUGACAUUCGUUAUGUGUCCGUGUACGGUAGCGUGUAUGCCAUCGCUGAUAUCUCCUAUUCCGUUGCCUAUGCCUUGGGCCCCAUUGUGGCUGGACAGAUCGUUCACACGUUGGGGUUUGUGCAACUCAGCCUUGGCAUGGGGUUGGUCAAUAUCCUCUAUGCCCCUACGCUGCUGUUCCUCAGAAACGUGUGUCAAAUGAAACCCUCUCUGUCCGAGAGAAAUGUCCUUUUGGAGGAGGGACCGAAAGGUUUGUAUGACACCAUCAUAAUGGAAGAACGCAACGCGACUAAGAAAACUCAAGUUAGCUCGGCAGGCAAUCAGUCCAUGCCCUCGGUCCUGGACAGCUCCGACCAAGAGGACUCCAGUGAAUAAUUCAGCUUGAAGAUGAUCCAUCCAGUAGUGACCAUAGUUAGACUGAUUUCCACACACUUCAAUCGUCGCAGGACAUAACUGAAUGUGAUGCAACUUAACCCUGUGAUGUACUAGAUGUCUAAUAUAAUCCGGAUUUUUUUUUAUUUAGGUUAUAUUUGCGUACAAUAUUUAAGUAUAAUUUAUGUAAACGCUAAUUCCAUGGGUUUAAUCGGAAUGGAGAUUUUGUCAAA